AUUGCCGAUCGAUCGAUCCAGCUCGUCUUUCCGCCCCCUUUUCCCAAGGGAGGACAGGUGCUGCAUGCAUUUGCUUGUGUGUGAGAGUGAGAAAGGAGAAUGCCUUUUCUAGAAUAGCACCUGCAACCUAUAGUUUGUGUUUCUUAGGUUAAUACAGAUGCUCCUCUAAACUAUGGAACAUGAGUUUCAGAUACAUCCUUUCCAUGAUGGCUCUCCCACCUCCGGAUCCACUGUACGUUCUACGGGGAGCAAAUGACGCAGUCAACACUCUGUGCUUUCAUUGUACGGACCCGGAACUGGGAUUUCCCGUUCUUUUCUCUGGAUCUUCUAACGGGCUGAUCCAUAUCUGGAAUAUGAAGACACGGAGAGUGGAUCGAACGCUGGAUGGGCAUGGUGGGAAAUCCGUGUACUGGGUGAAAACUUUCCCCAAUAGAAGAAAGGCACUUCUUAGCCAGGGCCGAGACCAAAAUGUCUGCCUGUGGGACUUAGCCGAAGGAAGGGGCGCCGUCACGGACUCUGUUUUCACCGGAAACGUCGGGUUCUGCAAAUACUCGCUCCUGGAGGUGACAGAGGGACGUUGGCUGCUGGCCACAGCAGGGAAAGGCCUUGAAGAGGUUCGGGUUUUGGAGCUGCCAUCCAAGGUGUCAGUCUGUACCUUGAAGCCAGAGGCCUUUGCCAAGUUGGGCUUGCCCAUGUGCCUGAAAAUGUGGCAGCCGGACGUUGGUUCGUCUCCGCUCCUUCUGGCGGGCUAUGAGGAUGGCUCAGUGGUUCUGUGGAAUGUGUCGACGGGGAAAACGCUGAGUCGACUCGCAUGUCAUCAGGAGCCCAUCAUGGGCCUUGACUUUGACACGGAGAAGGCCAAGGGGGCCUCGGGCUCGUCUGAGAAGACGCUUUGCGCCUGGAGCUACAAUGAGCAGCAGAACCUCGAGCUUCAACAAACCUACCAACUCACCAACCCUGGGGUCGCCGAGGUGGUCCUCCGCCAGGACAAGAAGCUCUUGGCGACAGCCGGCUGGGAUCAUCGCGUCCGCCUCUUUGGCUGGAAGAAGCUCAAGCCCUUAGCCGUACUGGACUACCACACAGCGGCGGUCCAUUGCGUCGCUUUUUCCGAUCACGCCCAGCCCAGCGAGCGGCUGAUGGCAGCUGGCUCCAAAGAUCACCGCAUCAGUGUCUGGUCCAUCUAUAGUCAGACGUGAAAGGGAGGUGGGAGAAAAAGACCCAAGUUUGCAAUUUCGGAUUUGAAGACACACAAGGCCAAGGCGAGGGGGGAAUCAGGAACUCUCUUCUGGUGCUUCAAAAAUUGAGUUGGAACAGUAGAAUCCAUUCCAAGACAGCUUCCAACCUAGCAGGAGUUCAGUAUCAGAUAGAGAUGACUGUAUCUGUCAGUUUGGGUUUCUCUCUGUUUCCCGUUUUUCCUAUCCUUACAUCCAAUCCGUCUUGAAAUUUGUGAAUCCCUCCAAUUCCUCAGUUCAAGACAAACUUUGAGAGUUGUUUUGCUUUGUUUCAAGUCUGCGUGAACAUUCGUAAACAUUUUUGUCCUCAGUUUUUCCAAAUGUGUUUUUCUAUGCAAUUUUGCAAUAAAAAAAAAUUGCACCCCA